AGUUACGACAGAUGUUGUUUAGUAUUUUUCUCAUUAAAGGACCAAAUCAAGGAGUUCAUGGAAAACCAAAUCAGCUGGUUUGAUUGGUUUAUAAAUCUCCAAUCUGCGUAAGAAGCAUCGAAGAAGGAAGAAGAGAGACACUAAGAGAAGGGAGUGAGGGGCAUCGAAUAAUCACCAUCUCUCAUCUCGGAGUCUCAUCGUCUCGGAGUCUACUCUGAUUUCUGUGUUUGUUUUUUUCCCACUUGGAGGUCUUUUUCCCCUGGCAAUUUGCUGCACCUAAUCGCGAACUCGAUGGACCAUGAUGGCAUGUCCUGAUCACUAUCAUAAUAAGGGAGGAUGUCACCAGCUGACGUCUCGUACAGUUUAGGCAAAAGCUCAUCAGACAGUUUCCAAGAUACUUUCAAAUGGCCUGAGCUAUUAUUCAAUGCCUCCCUUGAAGCCUUCUACAAACAUGACAGUGGCUUUAGUGCCACCCAAGCACGUGCAAUUAUGCCCUACUACAUGGGCGUAAUAUUUAAUGAAGCUCAUGCAUCAGUUUGCAGCUUUAGCAAGGGACAAGGCAUAGAUAUCAUGUUGUGGCUCUUGUGGAUAUCCUCUGAACUUGACAUCCUCAAAUCGAAUCACAUCUGACAUAGGUUCUGAAUAUAAAAAGUCCAUAAAGAAAGGAUCAAUCUCAUUUGAUUCAGUUGAUCUCAGCCGGUUCACACAGGUUGAUAAAAUAAAUUGUUUUCCUAUCUCUUUUUGUGGUCAUCAUUCAAGAACUAAACUGCUUUGCCGCAAAUGUGGGGUUCUUAUUGGCUACGGAUAUGCAGACUCACCGGUACUUUG